AUGUGCUUACUAGUACUUUUCUGCAUCUUCCUCUACCUCGUUGGAGUCGUCCAAGCUGCAACUACAACAAAUACAACAAAUCCUGCUACUAGCGACAGUUUUAAAGCCUCACCAUUCACGACCAGAACCCUAUGGACAAUCGUCUCCAGCUCUGUUCUCACUCUAUUUGCGUGUAUAUACAGUGCCAUUCACGCCAAUAUUCCAAGUCCCAAGGACAGUCCUAAUGGUACCCUACGGCAGCGACUUGGCAUCAUGGUGAUCGCACUAAUCGCUCCUGAACUGAUCGUAACAUGGACUAUGCGCCAAUGGUUCAGCGCUCGUCAAGUUACAAGGCGGUUAAAGGAUUCGGGGUACUAUCCCAGUGUUCAUCCUGAGCAAAAGGAGUCUGAAGAAAAGGAGCCUGUUGAAACACCUGGACAAUGUGAAAAUCGCUUCCUUCGCUUCUUUCGCCUCCUUCUCGUAGUGCUUGCUACAGGUGUAUUAUCUGUACUGGUAUUUCUUUGGUGUCUCCCUGGAGCUCUUGCGAGGUGGGUCAAAGGAUGGGUCAAGGCUCAUUUCUUAGAGCAAUCUGAAGAUUAUACGUGGACUCAGACACACAAUUUCUCUGUGCUAAUGGGUGGUUUCAUGCUAAAUACUAGAUCCACGAUAGGAGCAAAGACUGCCAUAUCGAAAGGAUUGAUCAUCAUUCAGGUGGCCUGCUCGAGGUUGGGACCCUCGCUUUUUGCGGUUCUCCAUUUCCUCACCUAUGCUGAGUGGUGGAACAAGCCUCUCGAUGUGCAAUGUCCACAUCCAGUGUACUGGAAGUCAACUUCGGGGCUAGAAAAUCACAUUGAUGACGACCAAGUCAUUAGAUGGGGGAUCUUGUCUCCGGUCUUCGGCCCAAUUGAAGAACUGUUAGGCUCGUCUAAAGUUCCCACCUCUCGAAAGUUCCGAGUUUCAACAUUUGAUGGCAGCAUCAAAUUCGAAUAUUUGGACAAGAUCGUUCUUUGCCUUGCUGCAUUGCUUAUGGCAUCCAUAUUUUGCGGCAUCCGUUGUAUAACUUGGUUUUUUGCCUUCCCACCAUACCAGGAACGGGUGCUAUGGCGCAUGAGUGCCGUCGUUAUAACUUUCACACCCUGGUGCGGUUUCCUCACCUCAUUGCUCUUUGGCGUCCUGUAUACGCCAAAUGAGGUGGAUAUCUCGGUCUACGCAUUGCAUGCUCUGUUGUACAUCACAGCUCGUGCCGUCCUCUUGGUACUUAUGUUCGCCACUUUAUGCAAUCUUCCUCCUGACGUAUACAAGGCGGUGUUGUGGACUGGUUUGGUGCCGCACUUAUAG